AUGCACGAGCAGGACGGCGAUGGGGAGCCGGCGCAUCACGCCCGGCGGCCCAUGAACGCCUUCCUUAUAUUCUGCAAACGCCACAGAAGUGUCGUGCGCGACAAGUAUCCUAAUCUUGAGAACAGAUCCAUAACUAAAAUUCUGGGGGAAUGGUGGGCUAACUUGGAAAAAGAAGAGAAAGCUUGCUACACAAGUCUUGCUAAACAGUAUAAAGACGCAUUCUUCAGCGCUAACCCUGACUUCAAGUGGUACAAGUUGCCCGCACCUCCUCUUCGUACUCUCACAUCACGGCCUCGGGAAUCGAAUGAUAAAACUAUCGUGUCCUCCAACAACGAAUAUCAUGAUACUGAAUUAGAGAAAACAAAUAACAACUCCACUAAAGUCGAUCUUAACAAAACACCAUCAGAAAAUGCUGUUAACGCAGAAGCAAAACCGUUAUCGAUGUUCACGCCAGGCAAAUUGGCUGACGAAGCCCAAAUGGGAGGCCUCAGUAGUCUCCUUGCUACCAAGACUGAAAUUCAAACUCCAAAUCCGUACUACUCACCUCCUUCAUUUAAGUUUAACGCGAUCUCAACCCCAAUAGAAAACCGAUCUCGUAAUAUUCUAGAACGGGUCGGCAUUAAAGGCAACAGAGAAGACAAUAUACGUGAGCUUCAGAAUGCUCUCACUGAAACCACUAGGAUAUUUGAAGAAGAUUUUGAUGAAACUGGUCAAAUAUACUACGGGACACCAAAUGAUCAGUUCACAAACCAGGAUGUUAUAGAUCAAAUAGUCGACAAGAGAUACUCGACUGACGACGGGUAUCAAAGAAAUUGGUCGGAUGAUGAGAAAUCGAAAUCCGGAAGGUCAUGCAAAGGAAAAAGGUAUCAGGAGUUCAUGGCAGUGGGUGGACUGAUAGUGAAUAAGAGACAAAGAAGAGAUUUUCCUGACAAGAUGCCAGACGAGGGCUACAGCGCGUCCUGUAGCUGGGAUCCUGGCAGUUCACGUGAAGAGUCUUAUGUCGAAGACGCGAAGCCGAGCUCUGUGAACGACAUCAUUACAGAAAACGAAGCGAAACCUGAAACCGAUGCUACUGAACCAGACAAUAAUGCUAACAAAACAUUUAAGGCUGCCGACUUCGAUUUAGAUGCUAAAAUUAGGGCCUUACCCUCCCUUAGUUUAGAGAAGUUCCAACAAAAGAAACGCGAAAAUAAACGGAAAAAGAAAACGAUCAAUUUGAAACCAAAGGCGCUUGAAUCUUCCCAAAUAAUAAAUUCAGUGCCACGUCCAUUUAUGGAAGACAAACGUGAAAUGGCCGAAAGAUGGCGCGAAAAUGUUAUCGGUAGUCAAAAGAGAAAACCGAGAAAAAUAAGCAUCACAAGACUCGAGAUCAACAGCUUGGUGUCGAAUGAUAUGAAUAGAGCACCUAAAACGAGCCCUGAUAUCAAAAUCGGAACUGAAGCGCCUUGCACUGUGAUCCAAACUAUGGAGAUCUGCAACCAAACGCCACACAACAGCGUCGACCUCCUCGCACUAGCAACCUUAGCCGAAGUUGCUGCUAACACGUCCAAAAUAGAAGACACGACCAUUGCGGAAGGCAUUGCCAAAGCGAACGACAACGCUUCCAUGGUAUAA